AACACUGUCUCACCACAAAAACCACAGAAGAAAACAAUCAGCUGACCGAAGUUUACCGGAGUUUACUGUAGCAUGUACCAAACACGCAGAAGGCUUUGUUAGCGGUAUUGGAAAGAAUGUCAUCUGCGACCGGACAGCAACGCCUCUGGAUGCCUUCCGAAUGAUGUCAGCUGCCCAGUAUUACCCCAAGUUGCUGAGCAUUAUGGGAAAUGUACUACGUUUCUUGCCAGCCUUCGUUCGAAUGAAGGAGUUGUUAGAGGAAGGGUACAUCGGGGAGCUUCUGGUCUGUGAGGCCCAGGUCCACAGUGGAAGUCUCCUGGGAAAGAAAUACAACUGGAGCUGCGAUGACCUGAUGGGAGGUGGUGGUCUGCAUUCGGUUGGCACCUAUAUCAUCGACCUGCUUACGUUUCUGACUGGUCAGCGCGCAGAAAAAGUCCACGGCUUCCUCAAGACCUUCGUCAAACAAACGGAUCACAUCCGGGGCAUCCGUCAGAUCACCAGCGAUGACUUCUGCACGUUUCAGAUGGUACUGGAGGGAGGCGCCUGCUGCACCGUCACGCUCAACUUCAACGUGCCUGGUGAAUUUCGGCAGGAGGUGAUCGUUGUGGGGACGGUUGGGAGGUUAACAGUCAUGGGGACGGACCUGUAUGGACAGAAGAACAGUGGGGACGGAGGAAGCAGUAGAGGUCCUGAACUUCUGCUCAAAGACACCACACCUCUUGAGAAGGCUUCCUUACCGGAGAAGGCCUUCAGUGACAUUCCAGCCCCCUAUCUCACCGGAACGAUCCGCAUGAUCCAGGCUGUGCGGCAGGCCUUUCAUGACCAAGACGACAGGCGGACGUGGGACGGGAGGCCUCUGACAAUGGCUGCUACCUUUGAGGAUUGUCUUUAUGCUCUUUGCGUGGUGGAUACCAUCAAGAAAUCCAACCAGUGUGGAGAGUGGCAGAACAUUGUGGUGAUGACAGAGGAACCAGAGAUCAGCCCAGCCUAUUUGAUCAGCGAGGCCAUGCGGCGGAGUAGGAUGUCACUCUACUGUUAAUAUCCAUCUGAUGAGCUGACCUCAUCAAAAUCGCUGAACUCCUGUGUUACCUUAAAACUGGAGGUGACCUCAGGAAGGCCUUGGUGUUGCUGGAACAAUAUUCAUACCGCUACCGGGUUCAGUUCUUAUAUUAAUCAGCAGUUCAUUUUAAUGCUGUCAAAUAUGUGUUGUUACUGUUACAGACAGAGAGGUCAAACCACUAUGAUACCAGAAAGUUAAGGUUUCCUGAUACCCUGCCUCAGCAGUAGAGAAAAAGCAAUGUAAUCCAUAAUUAAACUUUUAUUUAUUAGGAAGCCUUUCCUGUUUUAUCCCUUUUGACAGAAGACUUGAGUCCUUCCAGGAAGAUGCACUUGUAAAUAAAACUGAUUAAUACAACAGAAAUAUGAGCUAUAUUGCUACUGUGGAGGCAGAUCAGGGAGUGAAACUAAUUCUACUGUGUUCUGCUUGUCCAUAAUGGUAUUGCGCCUCUCCUAUCUGCUUCUCCUCUAUGUGACUUGGUCUAGAAGACGACAUCUUACACUGUGGGUCCAAACGAGGACAGCCAAGGAAGAACGAUAGUCCUUUCAGUUAAAACUGUGCCGCUGUAUUGUUGCUCCUAAAUUUAAGUAAUUGUUAGUUUUAACAAGUGAAUGUUUUAAAGAAUCCGUGUGCUUGAUAGCUUCAGCCUCUGUCUGCCCUGUAUGCUUCCUCUGUAUGUGUGAAACAACAGCCGGGAAAAAAUCAAUAGUUUGGCUGGUGGGUUUUUCAGAGGGGUUUACCUUCUGGUUUAUGUAUGCAAUGCAUCCAAGCUGUAGUCUGGAGAUGCUUCUUCCAGCCAGGAGUAAAGGGUUAAAAUACACUGUGGUAUGCCUUUUAUGCAGUUACAGUAGCCUGUACAGUUUGCAAGCCCUGUAUGAGGGGCCAGUGCAGUAAGACUUUGACUUUUUUUCUUAAUAAUUUCAUGCUUUUUUAUUUUAUGAAGCAUGGCCAUGAAAUACACUGAAUUCUGUGUGUGUAUCUGUACUGAGCCUUAAGUGUAGAUAUUAAUGCAGCCUUGCACUAAGAUGCGAGUAAAUGCAAAGCUUUAUAAAGCUUCUUUGACAUGCACAGUGAAAUUGCGGGUUUGUCAGCAUGAAUAACAUCCAAGUUCAGUUUGGACACACCUUCAGUAAGGCUGGAAACCUGCAGCCAGUUAACUGUGAACCACCAUGUGGUAGAUGGUGGAAUAGAAAAGCAUUUCUUUUAGGUACAGUUAGAGGUGUUAAACGUUAAGGCUGUUUUCUUAAUGUCAGCAAAAAUCCAUGAAAAGACCACAAUCAACAACACGUUAAUCUGUAUGUCAAUACUUUGUGACUUCCCUAGUCUGUCUGUGGCACUCGGCCCCGAGCCCACUGAUUCUCAUUGAAGAUGUAAAAUUCUAAAGCUGCACCAUCAGUAUAUUUUUUUGUUUUUAAUGGGUCAAAUUACUAUGUUUAAUGUGAAAGGUGUUGCUCUUAGUGAUGAAUCCAAAGAGAAUUAUCACCUGACUUCUCCUCAACGCAGUGUUUUAGCAUGUCAGCUCAUCGUUUUGGUUUUUAUGGCUCACAACUUUUGCUGUUUUAAUUCACUCUCACCACUCUUAGCGUCGUUUCCAGCCAUGGUAUGCAUCUGUUUCAAGUGAAAAAGGUCAGAUAAAUAAAUAUAAAUUUACUACUCUAGGUUGUAGGUAAAGUCUAGGUAGGUAAAGUCUAACUCUCAAAGUCAGAUAGACAAAAUUAUCCAAUAGCCGGUGGACAUAAUGAAGCAUUUAGCAACUAAAGACCCAAACAUUUCCCCUCAGCAAAACAGAGGUAGAAGAGAAUAAAUGUUAGAUUUACAUUCAUCAGGUGGCCAGAAAGAAGUAUCCAAAUAAAUACUAUUGUUUCUCCGUGUCUGCUGGAUGUGUAAAUUGGCAAUUUUGUGCUAACAUGUUAGCUUUAUAAACUAAUCACAAAUGUAUAGCUUUGAUUAAUAAAAAAUAAACUGUAAUUUUUAGCUUAGGGACUAUUUUCAGCUGUUGACUAAUGCACAUUCUCUGCUCUAGGACGAAACAUAUAAAGAGCCAAUGAAGAAGAGCAAGAGUUAGAACAAAAGGACGUCACAUUUUUUAAAUCAAAUUGUGACACUAUGAUGUAUUGAGGGGAAGCUGAUCUGUGAUGCAUACAAAAUCACACCUAUCUCAGUGUUUGGAUAUCGUUUUUGCUUUUUAUUGUGUUUUACUACCUGUCAGUCACAUAAGAAAGCUAAAAGAAACCUUUAGAAAGUAUUUGCAAACACUGUUUGAUUUAAGGUUAAGUAUAACUCAUUACAGGUAUAAGAACAACGCUACCCUCAAGCCAAAAGAUUGAUUUUUUUGAUGCAUCUCUGUUCCCCUGUGUUCUUAAGCUAUGCUGAAAUACUAUCUAUGUAUUGACUACUGAAAAUGUACGUAUGAAAAUAUAAAAUUACAAUAUGAGUUUGUCUAAUGAAAUAAGUACUGUAUGUAUGUAUUUGUAAAAACCAAGUAACUAGAACAUGUCUUGAUGAGUGUUAAUGUAUUUAUUCUUUGUUUUUGCUGUUGACAUUUUGUGGACUGACCGGCAGUGUGUUUGGGAGAUUAACAGCAGACUGAGGCCUUGGAGCUUUCAACUUCUUAUAGUUUACUGACCAAAAUACGCUUAUUUUAAGACUGUUAUGAAAAGCUUUAUGUUUGCUCUUAAGAUGCAUUAUACAUCAUGACAGUCACAACAAAACUUCACUGUCACCCAGUGCAAACUCUGAUAUGAAAAUCAACAUUUGGAAAUGUUCCCAGCUCAUAGUACCUAAAAGGGAUGUCUGAGCCCGUUUUAGUGUUAUGAUUUAACACGUCUCACCAUGGUUUGCUGCGGUCAGGACACAUUACAACUCAUGCUGUGGGGCGAUCAGCUACACAGAACUUUGUAACAUUUAGAGAAGUUAUAAAUUUUUGUCUGACUGAAAACGCUGAUAAGCUAUCACUCUUUAAGAUAACUCAAGUUAUAUUAUUGCCCCUUGUGUACCGUGCGCCUUAUCAAAUCUGCAUAUAGACUUUCCCCCUUUGUCUGAUAACAGUUUUCAAAAUAUAAUAGCCUUAUUUAAACUCAGAUAAGAUGUGCAUUGGCAUUCCCUUUUUUUGUUUAGUUCAUUCUUUUCCUCUGUUCAUUUAUGAUAAUCUGAAGAUUUAUCAGUGAAGACACCUGAGUUCAUGGCUCAAUUCAUGAUUCAUGGCUCUGUGCUGGAAUAGCCUCGGAUAUAAGGUGAAGGAACAGAUUUUAAACCUGCAUCUAAUAUUAGGCAAAUAGACAUGCAGCUGAUGGCUUCUGUUAACUUUCAGUGCAGUCUGACUUGGUGGGUUUACUUUGCAAAACAUGUAAACAAAGUAACUGCAUUUGUAAGUGUAUUGAUUUAUCUGUUGAAUUGAAAGUGUAUAGAUACAGUGAUGAUAGCAAGUAAAGAUGACUAGAAAUGCUUGA